AUGCCGCCCUCAAAACCGCUGCCGUUCGCGGAUGAUUUCGCAAGUGCGGAUUCAUACGUCGAGUCGCUGCUGCGGUUCUCCGCCGCCUCGAGCGUCUUCCAGACGUUGUGCGGCGGGGUACACAUCCUGGAUUUCUUCACCAGCCAGCCCAGCCUGUACCACAGCGUGAUCCCUGAAGAAUGGCGCGCCUGGCUCAUGAAAUGCGGGUCGAUGGAACUCUUGGAUCUGCUUAUGCGCGACGAUCUGUCGCAGGCGCGAGAGGACAACCCGCCAGAAAGUCUACUGAGCUAUAUCCGUGAGAUUCGGAAGCAUUCUCUGCGCAGGACCCUGGAGCGGGAGAGGCAAAAGGAGGAGCAGCUCCCGCGGCAUAUCGCCGUGGGCAUGAUUCCUAAGAAGAUCCAUGAGGUGUCGAAUUUCGCCUCCUAUGUCGUCGGGGUCGCCGACUCGGUUGCUGCCCGUUCUGGGAAAGAAAUCACGCACUUUGUGGAUUUUGGUAGCGGGCAGAAUUAUCUUGGCCGCACGCUGGCUAGCCCACCGUACAAUAAACAUAUUGUAGCGGUGGAGAGCAAGGAGCUGAAUAUCAGCGGUGCUAAGAGUAUGGAUGUGUCGGCUGGAGUGGCUGAGAGGGAGAAGGUCAUGCGGAAUAAGAAGGUUUAUAGGGCCCAACUGGAUGCUAUGACGCCGGCAGAGGCGCUGAAGGAUAAGGCGAGACGCAGGGCUGCAAAGCCGCUGCCAAUCCCGGAGGAUAACAUGCCGGAUUUGAGACCCACCAAGGAUCUUGCUACUAUCUACACGCCAGCUGAUGGGAAGGGUUAUAUCCAGUAUGUUGAGCACCGUGUUGAGGAUGGAGAUCUCUCAAACGUGGUCGAGCAAAUCGAACGGGUGAAGGAAGCUGCUCCAGCAGGGGAAGUCCAAGUUAUCAGCUCAUCAGCCAACGAUGAUACCCCAAAUCCUCAAAUCCCCAACGUCAUCGACGAGAUCUCCAAAAGCAGAGAAACGCGGUUGAUGGCCAUCUCAAUCCACUCCUGCGGCAACCUCUCCCACCACGGCAUCCGCUCCCUCCUUCUCAAUCCCUCCGUCCACGCCGUCGCAAUUGUAGGCUGCUGCUACAACCUCCUAACGGAGCGUCUCGGCCCGCCGACCUACAAGCUCCCCCACCUCCGCCCGAACCUUCGCGCUAUCAACGCCCCGCGUCUCACACGCGAUGCCUCCGCUCGCGACCCGCACGGCUUCCCCAUGAGCACGCGCCUCGCCACCUACAACGACGACGGCAUCCGGCUGAACGUGACCGCGCGCAUGAUGGCCGUGCAAGCGCCGCAGAACUGGACCGAGAAAGAAAGCGACGCCUUCUUCACUCGGCACUACUACCGCGCCCUGCUGCAGAAGGUCUUCCUCGACCGCGGCGUCGUCUCGAAGCUUCCCCCCACCGGCGACGACGAUGGCACCACCCAGAGCACCGAGCCCGUUAUCAUCGGCAGCUUGCGCAAAUCCUGCUACGCCUCCUUCAAGACGUACGUGCGCGGUGCGCUGGAGAAGCUGAGCGCGGACCCAUCCCGCGGCCCCGCGGUCCUCCAGAAGAUGGGCGAGAUCUCGGACGAGGAGAUCGAGGAGUACGCGCGGCAGUAUGCGGGUCUGAAGAAAGAGCUGAGCGUGGCGUGGAGCUUGAUGGCAUUCAGCGCGGGCGUCGCUGAAAGUCUCAUUGUCGUCGAUCGAUGGCUAUUCUUGAAGGAACAUGAGCAUCUCGUUAGUGACUGCUGGGUCGAACCCGUUUUCGAUUAUAGUCUGAGUCCGCGGAAUCUCGUCGUCGUGGGGAUCAAACGGUGA